AAGCAUCACGUGCACCGAGAACUACUUCGUGCUCGGUAGUAGUAAAGGUGGCUGGUCACCUGCUUAAAAAAAAGCCGAUCACCAAACCCGGGAAAAUUCACAAUUUAUAACAUCGUAUCCAUCGCCACUUCUUCGGACCUUCCAAAGCCCCUCCACGCUUCUUCUACCAUUACUAAUUUACUACAUUUCUCUCAGGAAUUUCGUCGAACACUUUGUGAGCAUACAUACACAGGAGAGAGAGCGCCAUGGCCGCCAUUUCUGGAGCUGUUUUCAACUCACUGAGUUCUUCCAACGAUCAAAAGAUCUCUCAUUUCAGACACUGUAAUCCCAUUUCUCUCAAAUUGGAAUCUCUCCAGCUCAGUAAUUGUGUGGGUUAUCAAUGUAGAUCACUCCGUUCUUCUUCUUCUUCCUUAGGAGUGAGAGCUCAAGUUGCCACAAUACAACAACCAAGCAUUGAAGUGGCACAACAUGUGGAAGCUCCUGUUGCUAUUGUCACGGGAGCAUCUAGAGGCAUUGGUAAAGCAACCGCACUAGCUUUGGGGAAAGCUGGCUGUAAGGUUCUGAUUAAUUAUGCAAGGUCAUCAAAGGAAGCUGAAGAAGUUGCAAAGGAGAUCGAGGCUUGUGGUGGGCAAGCUAUUACUUUUGGAGGUGAUGUAUCCCAAGAAACAGAUGUGGAGUCCAUGAUGAAAGCUGCAACUGAUGCUUGGGGAACUGUUGACAUCUUAGUGAACAAUGCAGGAAUCACCAGGGACGGUCUUCUGAUGAGAAUGAAGAGAGCUCAGUGGCAGGAUGUCAUUGAUCUGAAUCUUACUGGUGUAUUUCUCUGUACACAGGCUGCAGCAAAAAUUAUGAUGAAAAAAAAGAAGGGAAGGAUAAUCAACAUAACCUCUGUCGUUGGCCUGAUUGGAAAUGCAGGACAGGCAAAUUACAGUGCUGCAAAAGCCGGAGUAGUUGGCCUCACUAAGUCAGUCGCAAAGGAAUAUUCGAGUAGGGGAAUCAAUGUUAAUGCUAUUGCACCAGGGUUCAUUGCAUCAGACAUGACUGCAAAGCUUGGGGAAGAUAUUGAGAAAAAACUCUUGGCUGCCAUCCCCUUAGGGAGGUACGGCCAACCAGAAGAAGUAGCUGGACUAGUGGAGUUUUUGGCCCUCGAUCCAGCAGCUAGUUAUAUAACUGGACAGGUGGUAACAAUAGAUGGAGGAAUGGUUAUGUAAAAUACUUCAAUGAUCCCAAUAUUGAGUCUGAAGGCGCAUCAAAACUCUCUUUAUAUCUAUACUCCAUUAUGCUCUAGCCUAAUUAAGCUGAAUUAAGAACCAUGUUCGUAUAGAUGAUCGAGCAAGCAUAACAAAAUAGCUGCAGGUGUUCUGGCUGCAUUUCAGCAACAGGUGAACCAAGACUACUGUAAGGAAUUCAAGAAGAAAAAAAAACAGUAAUUUAUUUUUAUUUUUAUUUAUUUGCAGCUGUUUGCACUAUUCUUCUAGUUUAGUAGUUCUUAAUUGUCAUAGGAGGGGAGCGGAAUUUCGGCAUACUGUGAUGUGUUUCAAAACACAUCACAGGAGAGCUGGUUGAUAGAUUUCACCCCAUUGUUUGAAGUCUGGAUUUCGUGUCAUGAUUAUUAUUAAUAGAUGAUAUCUUUCUCA